AUGGGGACAGCGGCACCAAAUGGGAAGCCUUGGUUGGAAUACUGCCGCGGAGGGGAACCUGAGAUCAGCUCCGGAAACUUCAUCGUGGGCCCAUGGGGUGAGUGCUUAGCUUGGGCGGUGAUCUAUGAGCAUCAGAACAAGUGGGAGGACGAUCCACAGUAUGAGAACCUUGGACCAGUUGGAGGCGUUAUCAGAGCCAUGAUGGAGCACGCUUCAGAUGACGAUGCCGAGGAUGUUCAGCAUGCAGCUGAAGAGCUUGAGGUUUAUUGUCAAGAGGCGAUCCGCCAAGGGAAGCCUCUUCCCGUCAUCAACCAAAGGGCCUGA